AUGGCGCCGUUCAAGUUUCCGCCUCCACCACCGCCGCCCAAGGCUACGUCCAGCGAGCAGCCAUAUGCAAAUCAAAGAGGAGGGCACAAUCGAGGAGGCGCAGAUCGUGGUCGCGGGAGAGGUGGUAACCAGAACCGAGGUGGCAGCUUCCAUAGUGUUGGAGAGAAUACAAGGGGAGGCCAUGGACAUAAUCGUGGACGGGGAGAUGGGCGCGGUAGAGGAGGCCAACGCGGAGGCCAAGGAGGAGGUCAACAGCACAAUAGAGGCGGUGGAAACCACAAUGGAGGCUUCAAUGCAAACCAUGGACAACAUCAGUCUAACGCACCGCCAAUUCCUGCAUCCCCUCACGCCUACGUCAACCCGGCCUUCGCGGGGAAUGCGCCAACUCAAAGCCAGGCACAGCAACCAUUCGACCCCAACGCUCUGGCACAAGUCAUGUCUUACAUGUCGACACCCGCUGGCGUGCAGUCAAUGGCUGCGUUUGCCAAUCAUAUGACAGGUGCCGGAAACGCAAGUCCUUCAUACCCGCCGCCCUCUUCCCCCCAAUAUCAGCAACCCGACGCUCGGUAUUCUCCAUCACAACAUGCAGGUCAGAAGCGGAAACUCGGCGACCGCAAUAAUAAUACAAGACAGCAAGGCUCGAAACCACCGAGAGCCAAAGCUGCCGUCCCUCCACAAGUACCCAGCUUUGGCUUCGCUCUGCCGCCCCCGUCCGCGGUACAACCUGGCAACAAGAAGCGCAGGGUCAACCUGGGACUCUCGAAGCAGCAUGUUUCCGAAGAGAGCAGCGACGAAGAAGACAUCGACGAAGAGGCGGCAUUUGCACAGAAGCUCAAGGGUGGCGGCUUUGUAUUCGAACAUGAAGGGGAAAUGAUCAGCGUACAGACAGAUGCAGAAUUGGCGGAAUGGAGGAAAGAUCGAAGAAGGCAUUUCCCCACAGAGAAGAGUAAAAUAGAAAAGGCUGAGGAGGCUGCCAGGAAACGCGCGGCUGAGCUCGACUUUCUGCGCAAGUUGCAAGGGAAACCACCCAAAGAACACCAUGUCGAUACCCAAGUCCGGCCCACCAAGUCUCGCUAUACAAGCAAAGAAGACCAGGCGAAGAAAGAGAACGAGAAACAGAGACAAGAAGAACUUGCUGCUCUAAGAAAGAAGCUACACGAAAGCAUGAUAAAGAAGCAAGCAGCGCCGAGAGUAGAUUUGGGCCUCGGAUACGCCAGUGACACCGCUUCGGAGGAAGAGAGCUCGGUCCUGUCGGAGUCGUCGAUAGUUUCGAGUUCAGAGGAGUCUGAGGAGGAUUCCGAAUCCGGAUCAGACGAUAGUGACGAAGCACCGGCAUUCACAUCGUCGAAGAUAGCUCCACCGCCCGUCAAGGUUCCGCCACCUCAUCCUGCAGCGCCACAAUCUCAUACAAAGAGCACCAACCUAUGUUCAAACUGGAAGAGGAGUGGAAAGUGUCCGUAUAUCAGCAAGUGCAAGUACCAGCACCCGCCAAAGGAAGACGAAAACAAGCUUGUGGGAUUGUACGAGCGCAUGGUAGAACAAGAGCUUGUCAAGGCGGAUCAACUGGCGCUUGAUGCAAUCAAGUACCUGGGACAGCACGGCUUCUUAGGGUGA